AUGCAACCUUCUGCAGCUUGGAUCGCGCAUCAGACAUCCUCUGUGCACGCCAAGCCCAUUUCUAGUCUCUGCUUCUCUCCUAAUGAAACUCUUUUAGCUUCAUCCUCGGCCGAUUCUUUAGUUAAAAUCUGGCGUUUGACGGUAUCUAAUGAGUUAGAGACGACAUCUAAGAUUUCUCUGUACGGACACGAAGCUGGUGUGUCUGCUGCGUGCUGGUCGCCGGAUUCGCGGCACUUAGCGUCGGCCUCGGACGAUCGCACAGCGCGACUCUGGGACGUGGAAACGGCUAAGACGUUGAUUACCUUAGGUGCCACUUAUCGAAGCUUGGAUGCUGCUCUUAAUACUCCGUUGUCACUUUUGGGAGGUUCAUCCGCAAUAUUAGGGCUUGAAAAGGACGAAUUAAGUGCUGAGGUCGUGUCAAACGACCCGCCAGUUGAGACGCAUGCGGGCUUUGUAAGUUGCGUGGCUAUUAACCCACAGGGAUCAUUGGUUGCCACGGGCUCUUAUGAUGAAAACGUCAGGCUCUGGGAUGUUCGUUGUGGUAAAACAAUUGCUGAAAUCAAUGCUCAUCAAGAGCCCGUGGCGAGUGUGCACUUUCACCCGUUGGACGGCUCGCUGUUGGUCACGGCUGGAUAUGACGGUUUGGUGCGUGUGUGGGAUGUUGCUUCUCGUCAGUGUUUACGCACAAUUAUCACAGAACCGGCAGCACCUGUUGGUAGUGCAAGUUUUACACCCAAUGGACGCUACGUAAUUAGCUCAACCCUCGAUGGUACAAUUCGUCUGUGGGACUAUAUGCAUGACAUCUGUGUGCGUACAUAUAGCGGUCAUGUAAACCGCAAGUUUAGCAUGCAAUGCGCUUUCUUGGAGCAGCCAUGUAACUCACGUCCACUUCUUGUCUGUGGAUCGGAGAACAAUCAGAUUUUUAUGUGGGAUGUGGGCACACAAGAUGUAGCCUCGGUCUUGACUGGUCACGACCAUCCAGUGCUUGCACUUGCAGCUCAUCCAGCCCGUGCGCUACUGGUAUCUGGUUCCAAUCGAGACAUUAAAAUUUGGAGGCCAAGCGUUGAAAGUGAUGAAGACAGGAAGGUUAGUCGCAACGAGUUAUCAAAAGCUUAA